AUGAUUCGAAUCAACAACACCCAAUACUUUCACUUCCUGCAGAAUGCAGAUGCCUUACGUCACUCAGGGUUGCUCUGUGAUGCCUUUAUCUCGGUACAGAGUCAGACUUUCAAGGCCCAUCGGCUGGUCCUGGCUUGUGCCAGUAGAACUUUAGCUCAGCUGCUAGCCCAGGGGGACGCUGACAGUCCCGUCCACUGCACUCUGGAUUUUUUCUCACCGCACACCUUCCAGCAAGUUCUGGACUUCACCUACACCCAAGCUGUCGAGGUGCCCGUGAAAGACCUGCGUUUGCUGCUUAAAGCGGCCACGCUGUUGGAAAUGCAGCUUCUGGAGGACCAGUGCCGCAAGCAAUUAGAGGCUCUGGAAGCUGAAAAGCAAGAGCAAGCAGGAGACAGUGCACAUCUCAAAGACGAUAGGAGAUCUGUAGAAARGGGAGUCCAAAAGCCAAAAGAAAGUCUAGUUCAUGAGGAGCUGGUCCGAGAGACUUCYACCCCAGCAGAGAAAGCAAGUGUUAGUAACGUCGAUUCCCCGAAUGCCAACGAUGAUUUAAAAUGUCCCAAAAAGAAAGCGAGACUGUCUCCUGUCUCUGAAAUGUUCUGCAGCAGCGAUAGCGUCRUUACAAAGCCCACAACCAGCAGCUCGUCGUUCUCCUCUCCCUGGACUUUCCCCAAAACCAUGUUGGAUUCCAUGACACACUUGAACACCUUAAGGCGUAUCACCCAGAACUACUCGAGCCUGGUAGCAGCUCAUCCCCUUCAACCCUCAAACCAGUCCUCUUUAGUGUACCCCUUCUCCCUGUCYACACCGCGAAUGUUCCCUUUACUCAGUUCCCACUUUCAAAGUCCAUUUCAGAACUCUGCAACGGGCUACCCCCGGUUCCCUCCUCAUUACACUCAGAACCUUUACACCGGAACCUCCCGGAUGGGCAGCAUCAUCAAACAGAGCCUGCUGAAACGAAAAAGACUGAGCCAGACAAGUCAAACCACUGAGACGAGUUAUUCGGAAGUGCCAAAAGUGUCUGAAAGAGCUGAAAACUGCCAGCACUGCAGCACAAGACUCCUUGGUGAUCCGAUGCAACGGGAUUCAGUCUCCACAGGCAAAGGCUGUGCUGGAUGUCAGUUCUGUGGAGGACGAGUUGUGCAACACGAAGCAGAGACCAGAGGUGACCACAGGGGGGAAAAACCCUACCAGUGCAAACACUGUCCCAAGAAGUUCAGCCUUAAACACCAACUGGACACGCACCACCGCGUCCACACGGGAGAGAAACCGUUCGAGUGUCGACUCUGUGGUCAGCGCUCGCGGGACUACUCAGCCAUGAUCAAGCACCUGCGGACGCACGGCGGGGCUGCACCCUACCAGUGCACCGUGUGUCUGGAGUUCUGCUGCAGCCUGGUCGCCAUGCAGAGGCACGUCAAGAGCCACUCCGUGCAGGACUUCCCCCCCGACUGGAGCAUCAGCCGCACUUACCUGUACAUCUCCCACAUAUGA